GAGUGUGAAGAAGAAGAAGAAGAAGAAGAAGAAGAAGAGAAGGAGAAGCAAAGCCCUUAAAAAAAAAAAAAAAAAAAAUUACUUCAACUUUACUGAAAAAUCCAUCUCUCUCAAAAAAAGAAAAAAUUAGAAAAAAGAAACUGUAACUCCAUCAUUCCAAGUUCCAACCAUUAGCUUCAGCAAACCCUAUUCACCUCGUUGAUGGCCGAAUCAAAACGCCAGACACUUUCUCCCGGAAAAGAUGGAGUGGUCGACAGGAUCAGUAAUCUACCGGAAUCUCUUCUCUGCCACAUCCUCUCCUUCCUUCCAACCAAAGACUCAAUCGCCACAAGCAUUUUGUCAACCAGGUGGAAGCUCCUUUGGACUCUCGUCCCAAAGCUAGACCUCGACAGUGAUACGAUUAACACUUCGGAGCUUUCAGCUGCUGCUGCUGCUGAUGAUGAUGAUGAUGAUGAAGAUGAUGAACGUGAGAUCAUGUUUGCACAUAUUGUGUCAAGCGUUUUGGCUCAACAAGAAUGUGGAGAGCUCCAAACUUUUCGGCUUCAAUGGAAAUUUGGGUGGGACGGUUCCCAUCUCGACGCAUGGCUUCGCACUGCUGCUGCUCGUAAAGUCAAAGAACUUGAUCUUGACAUUUUUAUGCACGACUGUGAUGUGGAAAAUCUGAAAUUGCCUCCAAGCUUUUUCUCUUGCAGGACAUUAGUGGUUCUGAAAUUAAGCGGUGAUAUUGAUAUUGAUAUUGAUAUUGACACUCCUUCAUUAUCCUUUAAUUUCCCGAGCCUAAAGAUACUGCAUCUACUAGAAAUUUCAUUGCCGAGUAACAUUAAUUCACAGGAACACUCUUUCUUGAGGCUCUUUUCUGGCUGCCCUGUCCUCGAAGAUUUGUCAUUUACAACUGACCUUUUCGAGGGUGAGUAUAAAUUAUGUGUACCCACUCUGAAACGCUUGAGUUUCAGCGAAAAUGUAUAUAAUGAAUCCGCAUACGAACUCGAGAUAAACGCCCCAGCUCUUGAGUACUUCAAUUUCGAAGGUGAUCUCCGAGACAUCAAAUUCCAUGAAAAACUAGACAACCUAGUUCAGGCAAAUGUCGAGUCGUAUGUGUAUGAAGAUGAACACAAAGAAUUUUACAGAGAAUGGGUAUUCAGGCUUUUUACUGCUCUGAGUAACGUCAAAUUUCUCUCAUUUUCCCCUUACGGCACAGAGUGGCACAACGUUGGAAAUAUUUAUCCUUCCUCAUUCCAGAAUUUGGUCCAACUGGACUUUAAUGUUACUGAUUGUAACUGGCCAAUGCUACAAGACUUGCUCCAGAAUGCUCCUAAUCUAGAAACUCUUGUUGUUACUAAGGAAUAUACUUAUGAUAAAAGCAACUUAUGCUGGAAGGAGCCACAAUAUGAUCGUGACUAUCUGUCAUCACAUCUUACAAGUUUUUAUUAUGGAGGAUUUGAAGGUUUGAAAGAUGAAGAGGAAUUUGUAAAAUAUAUUCUAAAGGAGGCAAGAGUUUUGAAGACUGCAACAAUUCAAGUUUAUAGAGAAAAGUCGAAGGAAAAUGUUCUUGAGAAACUGUCAAUGUUCCCAAGGCGCUCAACAACAUGUCUACUUAGAGUUGAAUGAGAUGGCAGCAUCAGUUGUGAGGUAUGAAAAGACGAAAUAAGGCGGUUUUCUGAAAGUUUUGCUUAUGCUUCAGUUGACAUGCUGAAUAGAGAGAGAACAAAAUAGCUUGUAAUGUCCCAUCCCCAUUUGGCACUUUAGUGAAUUUAGGAUUCUUAAUGUUAGUUUUCUUGUUAUUUUCUAAAAUGCUAGUUUUGGAAAAAGAACUAUAUUGCCAAUGGCUUCCUGCUGCCACACAAUUUACUUAAAGUUGCACUGGCCUUGAUGUGGUCUGUAAUUGCACCUUUAAACAGAUGUAACAGCUAGUUUUGGAAAGGUAGAAAAAGAAAUGCUGAGAUGGCCUUUGCUUUGUUUAGAUGGGUGUGACCUUCUUUACAUAAGCCUAAGUCAGAAUUUUGCUCUUACUUUCAGUGAUAUUUUACUUCCCAGAUCUUUGUGAUAACUGCAAAGGUUGGGAUUUGAAAUCCCCAUAUUAAUUGCUUGGAGAAAAAAAUUGUGAAAUGGCCUUGUUUCCAUUUUUUAUUUCAUUUGUUGAGUUACACUAUCAGGCUUCAUGGAACUUCAAUCCCUUUGAGUGGGUAGUCUACUGAGCAUGUUUGGUCCAUUGUGAGACAACAUCUAAUCUCUUGGCUCAUUUUUUUAACAUAAAGGAUCUUCUCUAAGACUUUGUUAAUCACGCUCCUCCCAUUGCCAUGCCUUCCACAUGCUCUCUUGAGAAGGGUUCUACUGCCAAUAUUGAAAUCCAAAUUGACUUGGCAGGAACUUGAAGAAAAAAAAAACCAAUUCUUAGGUAUUUGGAAUUUAGCAGCCUGACCAAAGGUUUAUUUUCAUUGCGUAAGACAGUACAGGUGUGUUUGGAUACCGUUUAUUUUGUUGAAAACUAAAAACUAAAAACAAAAUAAAAUAAUAAAAAAGUUACUAAUCAGUGCAGGUUACUAUUUAUUUGCCUAAUUGCACUGUUCAUGGGACAUGAACAGUGCAAGAGGCGCUGGUAAAAAAGAAAAAGAAAAAAGAGGCAAACGCAGCUCAUUUUCAUCUAAAUCCAAACACUAUCUACAUGUGUGCUUUGCUACAAAAGCAUUGUUGAAAUUUUCUAUUUUAGCUUUCAAAUGGACUCCCACAAUUUUAGACAUUUUAAUUUUGAGCCCUUUGCGGCUUCCCAUGAAAAAUUCUUUAAAAGAGGAUGUACCUUUGAUCAAGUGGCCUCUGUAGCUUGGACUCUUGAUAUACAAAUGGAUAGAAGAAGCCAUAGCUAUUAGAAACUUGGACAUAUAAUUACAUAGAUAUUUUAUAAAAAUUAAUUAUCAUAUAUUUUUUUCAUAAGGAAAGCAUAUGAAUCAUAAACUAAUGAGAAAUUAAAUGAAUUUUAGUUUAGUACUUCGUUAUUAAUGUUUAGUUUUGAAUUCAUGUUACUAUUUAGUAGUAUAAGGAUCCAUUUUUUGGUUGGUUAAACACCUGUAUCUUAAAUAUUUUUGGAUUUCAAUUAGAAAGCUUAUGGACUCAAAAAGUUAAAUUCUGAUAUGAACUAUGUCUGCUACGGUUU